UAAUAGAUGUAUUACUUUAUUUUGGCUUUCAUUAGGUUCCUAGAAGCAUAUGAAGCGUACAACAUUAGCUUCUGGGGGCUGACCACCGAGAAUGAGCCUACCAACGGCCUUCAAUAUAACUUUUCAUUCCAGUGCUUGGGCUUCACCCCCGAGUCUCAGCGUGACUUCAUUAAGAUGCACCUGGGGCCUUCCUUGGAGAACGCUGGAUAUGGACCCAAAAAAAUUAAGAUGAUGAUAAUGGACGAUCAGCGAUUUUUACUUCCAAAGUGGGCAGAUGUGGUGUUAAGUGAUCCAGAAGCAGCCAGAUAUGUAAGUGGUGUUGGCUUCCACUGGUACUGGAAUGAGAUUUCUCCACCAGAGCUCCUGGAUAUUACCCAUAAUUCAUUCCCUGAGCAGUUUCUUCUGGCUACUGAAGCUUGUGAGGGAUCAUGGCCAUGGGAACAUGUGAUUUUAGGGAGCUGGGAGAGAGCAGAAGGAUAUGCUCACGAUAUCUUGGAAGUGAGUAUCA